UCUUAUUUUUCAGGUAAUGAGCCAAAAAGAUCAUGUCUGAAGUACAAGGAACAGUUGAGUUUUCGGUAGAGCUACAUAAAUUUUAUAAUGUGGAUCUCUUUCAGAGAGGGUAUUACCAGAUCCGAGUGACCUUGAAGGUGUCCUCAAGGAUCCCCCACAGACUGAGUGCCUCCAUAGUCGGGCAGACAGAGAGCAGCAGCCUGCAUUCAGCCUGUGUCCAUGACAGCACUGUGUACAGCCGGGUCUUUCAGAUCUUAUACCGGAAUGAAGAGGUGCCCAUAAAUGAUGCUGUGGUCUUCCGAGCUCAUUUGCUCUUAGAUGGUGAAAGGGUGGAAGAUGCGCUGAGUGAAGUAGAUUUUCAACUCAAGGUGGAUCUGCACUUUACGGACAGUGAACAGCAGUUGAGGGAUGUGGCCGGGGCACCGAUGGUCAGCAGCCGCACACUUGGCCUGCACUUCCACCCCCGGAAUGGUCUGCACCACCAGGUCCCCGUCAUGUUCGACUAUUUCCACCUGUCUGUGAUCUCAGUGACCAUCCAUGCUUCCCUGGUGGCUCUGCAGCAGCCCUUGAUCAGUUUUACUCGCCCAGGAAGAGGCUCCUGGCUUGGUAAAGGUGGCCCAGACACCGGACAAGAACAGUCCAUCAUUUCUCUGGAAAACUUGGUCUUUGGAGCUGGAUACUGCAAGCCAACUUCCUCAGAGGGAAGCUUCUAUGUCCCCUCCGAGAACUGCAUGCAGCAUGCACACAAGUGGCACCGAGACCUGUGCCUGCUGCUCCUCCACGCUUACCGGGGACUCCGUCUCCACUUCCUGGUGAUCAUGCGGGACAUCCCGGAGCUGCCACACAUGGAGCUCGAGGCGCUUGCUGUUGAAGAAACACUUUCUCAGCUGUGCUCAGAGCUACAGAUGUUGAACAAUCCAGAGAAGAUUGCCGAGCAGAUAAGCAAGGAUCUGGCCUGGCUCACCUCCCACAUGAUGGCUCUGUGGACCCAGUUCCUGGACACAGUCACUCUGCACUCCCAAGUGACCACUUAUCUCACCCAGGAGCACCACACCCUGAGGGUCCGAAGGUUUUCUGAGGCCUUCUUUUAUAUGGAGCACCAAAAACUUGCGGUCCUGACAUUUCAGGAGAAUCUGAUACAGACGCACAGCCAGCUGUCCCUGGACAUCCGGAACUCGGAGUACCUCACCAGCAUGCCCCCGCUGCCCGCAGAGUGCCUGGACAUUGACGGCGAUUGGAACACCCUGCCGGUCAUCUUUGAGGACAGAUACGUGGACUGCCCUGCGACAGGGCAUAACUUGAGUGUUUAUCCUAAUUUUGAUGUUCCAGUGACAAGUCCUACAAUAAUGAAUCUAAAAGAGAAAGAAGAUAACUGUAUGGUAAAUAGCAAUUUAUCUUUUAGGGAAGACCUUGGCCUGUCUACCAUAAAACCAUCCCAAGUGGAUUCUGAUGAAGAAGUUAUCAGGUGUCCAGAGCCGGCUGAGAACACGGCCACACAAAAUCAUACAGAUGUGUGCUCUGACUCUCAGGUGUAUAUGACAAUUGGUGAAUUUCAAAGCAAAGCAGGUAUGCCUGAAGAUGAAUGUUGGACUAGCCAAACAUCUGAUGCUGGGACAUAUCCCAUGGCAGAUGUGGACACUUCUAGAAGGAGUCCAGGCCCAGAGGAUGGACAGGCCCCAGUGCUGACCUACAUUGAUAUACAAUCUAGCAAUAAGAACCCCUCCAGAGCUGAACCUUCGAUGGCCUUCAAUGCUCAGCAUGAGAGUAGGACCUCUAGAGACAAGCAUAGAUUAGACAGGACUGGGCUAAGCAAAGUGGUAGCAGGUGGAAGCCACCAAAAUGCCAUCUCAUCAGACAAAACAACUCUCCAUGAAUUAAAUACUCUUGGAAGGGGAGCAGACCAAGAGGGGAAGGUGGUGCUGCUAGGCUUGAAGCUCAUCCCCUCUGAUCCCUGUGAUCCACUAAGUUCUACACUGAGGGAGCCCUUAGAUGUUAGGUCCUCCCUAAAGGACUCUCACACAGAAGAGCAGGAAGAACUCUCUGUGCUCUCCGGGGUCAUCAAGAGAUCUUCAUCCAUCAUAUCUGAUUCAGGCAUCGAGAGUGAGCCAAGCUCCGUCGCCUGGUCGGAGGCCCGAAGCAGGGCCCUGGAGUUGCCCAGUGAUCGGGAAGUCUUGCACCCGUUUGUUCGAAGACAUGCCCUCCACCGGAACUCCCUAGAGGGUGGACACACAGAAAGUAACACGAGUCUGCCAAGUGGCAUCCAGGCUUCUCUUACCUCUAUUAGCUCUUUACCUUUUGAGGAGGAUGAGCGGGAGUUGGCACUCACUAAGUUAACCAAGUCCGUAUCUGCUCCCCACAUCAGCAGCCCAGAGGAAGCCGCUGAGGAUAUAGUGACCAAGCAGCAAGACAGAGGUUUUGCUGAACCUUCAGAUAUGCACAGCGGGAGCCACGGUUCCCCUGGACCUUGCUCUCAACUUUGUGGUGACUCUGGAACACAGGAUGCUGGAGUGGACCAUCCCCUGGUGGAGAUAGUUUUAGAUGCUGACAACGAGCAGAGCCCAGGAUACAUAGACAUCCCCAAAGGGAAAGGGAAGCAGUUUGAUGCUCAAGGAGACUGUCUUCUUGAUGGCAGGACUGAGAACACUCCAGGUAUUGAAACCAAAGGUCUUAAUUUAAAAAUACCACGUGUCAUAGCACUUGAAACCCCCAGGACCAGAUCUCUUCAUAGAACACUAAUGGAAACUCCAAAGGGCAAGCCUAAAGACUUGAAAGUGGGUCAGACGGCUCUUUCUAACAGUGGCAUCUCAGAGACUGAGGGUAUCUCCCAGCAUAAGUUGCCAGAAUUGAGCUAUACAUCAGUUGCUGAUGCCAUCAACUUGAACUCAACAGGCCAGCGAAGCCAAAGUGGUUCACCUUGCGUUAUGGAUAACACAGCGUUUGAUAGAGGAGUGAAUGCCUUCCCGGAGUUUGAACAUAAAGCAGGCACUGUGUGCCCCACUGUGACCCAUUCCGUUCAUUCCCAGGUUUUGAAAAACCAAGAGCUGAAGGCAGGCACUUCCAUCAUGGGGUCCCACCUGACCUCUGCAGAGACCUUCACUCUGGACAGCCUGAAGGCUGUGGAGGUUGUUAACUUAUCUGUGUCUUGCACUGCCACGUGUCUCCCUUUCUCUUCUGUGCCCAAGGAGACCCCUGCCAGGGCUGGAUUCUCCUCCAAACAGACCCUGUUUCCCAUCACUCAUCAGCCUUUGGGAUCCUUUGGAGUUGUUUCUACACAUUCCAGCACACUGGAUGAGGAAGUCCGGGAAAGGAUGUUUAGUUUUUAUCAGGCCAAAGAAAAAUUUAAAAAAGAACUGAAGAUUGAAGGAUUUCUGUACAGUGACUUAACUGUACUAGCUUCUGAUAUACCGUAUUUCCCACCAGAGGAAGAAGAAGAAAAUUUGGAAGAUGGAAUUCACCUGGUUGUCUGUGUCCAUGGUCUGGAUGGGAACAGUGCAGACCUCCGGCUGGUAAAGACCUUCAUAGAACUGGGGCUCCCUGGAGGAAAACUGGACUUCCUAAUGUCUGAAAAGAAUCAGAUGGACACAUUUGCAGAUUUUGAUACCAUGACGGAUCGGUUAUUGGAUGAAAUCAUUCAACAUAUUCAGUUGUACAACCUCUCCAUAUCCCGAAUUAGCUUCAUUGGCCAUUCUCUUGGCAACAUCAUCAUCCGAUCGGUCCUCACACGGCCUCGGUUCCGGUAUUACCUCAACAAACUCCACACGUUCCUGUCACUCUCUGGGCCUCACCUGGGAACCCUGUAUAACAACAGCACCCUGGUUAGUACAGGCUUAUGGCUCAUGCAGAAACUGAAGAAAUCUGGGUCUCUACUGCAGCUGACCUUCAGGGAUAAUGCUGAUUUGCGCAAAUGUUUCCUCUACCAACUAAGCCAAAAAACAGGGCUGCAGUAUUUUAAAAACGUCGUGCUGGUUGCUUCUCCCCAAGACCGUUAUGUGCCAUUUCAUUCAGCCAGGAUCGAAAUGUGUAAAACUGCCCUCAAAGACAGACACACAGGGCCAGUUUAUGCGGAAAUGAUCAACAACCUCCUAGGCCCUCUGGUUGAAGCCAAGGACUGCACUUUAAUCCGACACAACGUGUUCCACGCCCUGCCCAACACUGCCAAUACCCUGAUAGGCCGAGCUGCUCACAUCGCUGUGCUGGAUUCAGAACUCUUCCUGGAGAAGUUUUUCCUGGUGGCAGGACUCAACUACUUCAAGUAGUGGCUUUGAGUGAGCAGGCCUUGGGUAAUGCUUAAGAUAGGUGGAAAGCUUUAACUAAGACCUGCUUUUACAGACCUCACCAUUUCAGAAUGAAGCUCAAGGGAACAGCGUUGAGGGAUGGAGGCUGGGGUGGAACCCGAUGUGAGAGGUGCUUUUGUUUUGGAGAUUUGGGAAAACUGAGCAAAUAGACUAAAUGACAACAAACUUUGUGUGAAUUUGUGUAGUUGCCUGGAGUGUCAUUCAAGAUGCUUUCUAGGAAAAUAUGAGAGAAUAAACAGAAUACUUGGGAGUUGGUGAGCUAGCCACUAUUGGCUCACUGAGAGAUGACUCCAAUUUAACUAGACUUGCCCAGUAUGUUACUAGCUUAUAGCUUUAUCAUUUCUGAUUAAAUUAAGUGCAAACAAGCAUUUCAGAACUCAGGUUAAUCUCUGUGCAGAAGUGGAACAUAUUUGUGUAAAUAGAAUCCUCAAUAGAUUCAAAUGCGCCAAUUGUUCAAGAAAAUGUGAUGCCCAUACUCGUAUUUUCUCUUCACGUUUUCCAAACAAGAGACCAAGGAAUGCAUUACAAAUCCCACUUUUAUUUCAUAACAGCAGUGAGCAGGGUGACUUAAGGUAAAGAGGGAUAAAGGUGAUAGUAUUGUUAAAUACAAGUUUGUUACAGAGAAACAUGACUCUAAGAACACACUGAACUAUGAAUAGUUGCUCCACCUACUUUCCCAGACUUUUUCUAUGCAGAGCCCUGAUCCACAAAUUAUUUUAGUGAUUGCUUACAUCUUCGUCUGUAGUAGGGAACACGAGUGAGACUAACCUAGCAGAAGGGGCCACUGAGAUGAAUGCACACACGUGUGAAGCUCCUGCUGAUAUACUUCCAAAGAUAUGCUAUGUUAGCAUUCAAUGCAACUGCAAAAAAUUAAAA